GCCGAUCAGUCAGCCGCGCGGCGGCGGGACAGGCGGUUCCGCGCCGGCACGGGGGAGAGGGGGCGCGCUGCUGGCUGCCGCGCCGGGCAGCAUGGAGGCGGCGGGCGAGGAGAAGGCGGGCAACGGCCGCAACGGCCACGCGGAGGGCCCAGCGGCGGCGGAGCGAGGCGGCCGGGGGCGGCUGCGGGGCUGCUGGGGCUUCCUGCGGCGCAACGCGCUGGUGGUGCUGACGGUGUCGGGGGUGGUGGCCGGCGUGGCGCUGGGGGCCGCCGUGCGCGGAGCGGCGCUGAGCCGGGCGCAGGUGGCCUACCUGGCCUUCCCGGGAGAGCUGCUGCUGCGGAUGCUGCGGAUGGUGAUCCUGCCGCUGGUGGUCUGCAGCCUGGUGUCGGGGGCCGCCAGCCUGGACGCCCGCUCGCUCGGCCGCCUGGGCGGCAUCGCCAUCGCCUAUUUCCUCGGCACCACGCUGCUGGCCUCCGGUCUCGCCGUCGCUCUCGGCUUCAUCAUCCGCCCCGGCGCCGGCGCCUCCGCACUCAACGCCCCCGGGCUGGGGCUGUCGGGUGUCGUGCCCACCAGCAAGGAGACGGUGGACUCCUUCCUCGACCUCGUCAGAAACCUGUUUCCUGCAAAUCUUGUUGCUGCAGCUUUCCGAACGUAUGCGACAGAAUAUAAGGUGCUGCUCAGAAACACUACCUCUGGAAAUGUCACAACAGAAAAGAUCCCUGUCGGUACUGAGAUUGAAGGAAUGAAUAUUCUGGGACUGGUGCUGUUCGCUCUGGUUUUAGGAGUGGCGCUGAAAAAGCUUGGUGAGGAAGGGGAAGAUCUGAUUCGCUUCUUUAAUUCGUUCAAUGAGGCGACUAUGGUCUUGGUUUCCUGGAUUAUGUGGUAUGUACCUAUUGGCAUUACGUUCCUUGUUGGGAGCAAGAUUGUGGAAAUGGAGGAUAUCAUGCUUCUGGUGACCAGUCUGGGAAAAUACAUCUUCGCCUCUAUUCUGGGCCACUGCAUCCAUGGAGGAAUCAUUCUGCCCCUUAUUUAUUUUGCAUCCACCCGUCAAAAUCCAUAUCGUUUUCUCUUGGGUCUUAUCACACCAUUUGCCACUGCUUUUGCCACUUCCUCCAGCUCAGCCACUCUCCCGUCAAUGAUCAAGUGUGUUGAGGAGAACAAUGGAGUGGACAAGAGGAUCAGCAGGUUUAUCCUUCCUAUCGGGGCGACUGUAAACAUGGAUGGAGCUGCUAUUUUUCAGUGCAUGGCAGCUGUGUUUAUUGCUCAGCUGAACAACGUCGACCUCAACCCUGGGCAAAUCUUCACAAUUCUUGUGACAGCGACCGCAUCCAGUGUGGGUGCAGCUGGGGUUCCAGCCGGAGGAGUGCUCACCAUCGCCAUCAUCUUGGAAGCCAUUGGACUUCCAACCAAUGAUCUCUCCUUGAUAUUAGCGGUGGACUGGAUUGUGGACCGAACCACCACAGUUGUGAAUGUGGAAGGGGAUGCCCUAGGAGCGGGCAUCCUCAAUUACCUGAAUGAAAAAGAAAAGAAAGAAAAAGAGCAGGAUCUAAAGGAAGUCACAGUAGAAGCAGUCGCUAACAGCAAGGCUGAAGGGGAAACAUCACCUUUGGUAACCCACAAAACCCAAGUCUACAGCACAGCCAGUACAGCAGACCCUGAAUCCAAGGAAUCAGUAUUGUGAACUCGACGCCGUUCAUCAACACAUGUCCUAGAGGUGGACCAGGGACGUGUUAACGCAUCUAGACGUUUGCAGUGCUAACGAGGGCUGGAUGGCUCUUGGAAGUUUUCAGUUCCAGUCUGUUUGAAAUAUGCUGGCCUGGGGACGGGGAGGGAGGUGGGGUGGGCAGAGAAAGGGUGUUGUGAAAAAACACUCGCUUUAUAAUAGUAUUUUGAUAAUUCAUAUGUAUACAUGUAUAUGUGUUGCACAUGUACACACAUAUACGUGUAUGUGAAAACAAUGCCAUUGAGGCUUCUGGUUUAACAAGGCUUCUGUUAGUAAAGGCUCAUAUGGGUUGGAGAUGAGGAAACAGACAAACCCAGUAUGUGCUUAUUGUAGGGAAAAAAUUAGUAAGCUUAUUGUACUGCUGUUCGAAUGCAGAUGCAAUUUAGAAACUCCAGAGUGGCUGAAAAUGUUGCUUAAAUUUUGUUUCUGGUCUGGAAACACUGACCAUUACAGACAUGAUAUGAAGCAGCAUUUUUCUCCCACUCCCCUUCCUCUCCCAUUCUCCCCUUAAAAAUGUCUAAACGUCCUGAAAACUAGCGCUUUUCUUCCUUUUUUGUUUCCUAUCUGAAUUAAUAUAUAGGGGUCCAACCCUUGUUCCAUUGCCCCGCUGCACUGCAGCUCAUAGCAGCUUUCUUGCCUUUUGGUGAGUAACUCCCAAAGUUUGGGACCAAACAUAGGAGAUCUUCAUGCAGAUCAAGGACUUGUUUUCUCCUUUCCUCUAACCAAGCUGUUAAGGAAAAAAGUCCAGAGGAAACACAAAUCUUGUUAAAGUGAUCCCUCUGGGGCUGAAAAAAAUGUAGAGUGUGUUCCAGCCUAAAUAUGUCUGAAAGAGGCUUGCCUGUGACAACAUCAAGAGGUUUUUCUCUUCGUAAAAACAUGCGUGCUCCUUUGCUAGCACGCCAUGUCCUGCUUGUGUUUGUUUAAUGGGUCAGUUCAAACAAGUUAAGUCAUAUCCCUCUUCCAGCAAAACUGAACAGGGCAGGAAAAAAAUCUGAACAUACAACAUGUGGGAACUGAUGACAGGCAAGUCCAAGUGUUGGCUUGAAAGGGGAAGAAGGGAAAUGAGUUUAUAAGCUCGUGUAGCUCGGGGACCUCUCAGUGCUGGGGCAGCUCCGUACCCGUUCCUGCUCAGAGUCUGGUCCUGAUAUAAAUGUCCUUCUAUCAGUGGCUUACAUUUAGUAAUUCUGGGUGGUGCUGGGCCAGGGUAGUGCUUAGUGGCAACUGGUAACCUUUGCUUGAGGCUGAACCAAAUGCUUCUGGAUUCUGACUCCGCCUUUUUUUUUUCCUGUACAACAUACUUCCUGAAUUUGCACCCCAAACCUGAGCAAAGUCUGGCAAGCUUAUUGCAAAGAUCCUGUUGGUUUAUCCUGUUGGUUUGCCUGGGCUUGUGAUGCUUUCCCUUGGCUAUUUUAUCAAGAUGAGUGCAUAUGGUCAGUCUCCACACUGUUAAUUCAGUAAUAAUGUACAUAUACACUUAGCUUUGAUAUAAAGUAAUAGUAAGUCUCCCUUUUUCUUUCUCCUCUCUCGUCUCAGAGGAAGCUAUCUUGGAAAGAUCUCCUGUUGCUGAUGAUUAUGUUCAUGGCACUAGGAAGAGGCAGCUCCAGUUCCAUAGCAGCAGCAGCCUUCAUUUGCAAAGUAUCCUUCCUGGUAAAAGGACACUAUGAAUUUUGCAAAAAGACGCUCAGAAUGAGAUGUGGCUACCUCUGAGGGAAAACACAGUGAGUGCGUCAUUACUGGCUGUUUAAUCAUGUGCAGCAGGGCUAUGCAAACAAUCCAAGUAGGAAAGGAUUAGUCAGCCUACUGAGAAACUGCAGGUGGAUUUUCUUUUUAACCAGUUUAUUUAUAACCAUGUCCAUAAAAUUUGGUCAUUCCUUGGCUCUUCUUCAAAAUGGAAGGAGACAAACACAAUUCUCUAGGGACAUCCUUUGCCCAGUAUUUAUUAUUUCAUUUUUAGCAGAUCAAGACCCACUGAAACUUUCUAUUUCCUUCCAUUAGAAUCAUCCCAGCUCCUUUCAACUCAGGAAACCAAAAGUGCACUCUGUGGCUGACAAUCAAAGCCAACAAAUAAGAGGUGUUUUGAAAAAUGUUGGAGGUUUGAAAAAAUGGUUCUGAACAAAACUACUUCUUUUUUUUUUUGUUUGAAACAAGUCUAACUAUUUCUUUGAAAAAUCUGAAUGCACCAGAACCCCAAAUACUUCGAUGUUAAAGCAGUAUUUGGAUGUCUCAAGGAAGCUGAAAAUCAUGACUGUUCCUUGCGGGCUGGGUUCUGUAGCUGCAUCAGACAUUUUGCUCCUCCGAUGCUCUCCUUCUCCAUGACACAUGCAGCUGGUAUCGGAGCAUUAGAGCAGGCAGCACUCAAAUGACAACUCCUCUGGAGCAUCACAGCACCAUUUUGGACUAGAACAUGUCUCAAUUUUUUUUUUCAAUUCAAAGCUGUUGUUGCCCACAGGUAAAAAUACUCAACUGGGCAAGCCAAAAGGCUGUGCUUCCUUGCAGGCAGCACCUUGCCGUUGCUGUACUGAUCUUUCAUCCCCGUGGUGCUGCAGCCUGAUUGUGCCUCGUCCUUGUAGCAGCAGACUGUGGCAUGUUCUUUCUGACAGUAGAUCCCAAGAAAUGGUAAAUUAAAGCAAAUUACCUCAGAAUUGUCUUAGUAUUUUCCAACAGCAAUGCAGAAGCUCAGAGUCUUCGCUGAAGAAUGACUCUCCCAGUCCCUACUGGUGGAUUCCCACGUUUUGCAUCAAUGUGCCUGUCUAGUCCCAUGUAAAGCUUGUUAAAGCAGUCAGAUUUAAGGAGGUCAGAUCAUCUCAUAGCAGGAAUUUAACCAAGGAAAUCUAACACUCCUUUUCCUGGAACCAGGUUCCAUAGGGUUUAUGCGAACCAUGAGUAUUCAGGUCUUAACCAGCCAGAAAUCUGUAGUCUUACAGAAGCCCUGCUUUAGAUUUACAAAGGUGCCAGUUCUUUUGUUGUUCAUGCACCACAAGAGGGAUCGCAGUGUUUUCCGUGGAAACAGGAAUGCUCUGUUACUGUUGCUUGUCAGAACAUCUUCUUGGUCUUUUCUGUAUCAUCUGUGUCAGAAGUUACAUUUCUUGUUUUUCUGUGAUGUUCUCAUUCCUCAUGGUGGCCAUGCCACAUCUUCUAGGGCUCUCUGCCUGGAUUCACUUUUGUUUUUAAGGUACAAAUGUAAAAGAUCCAAUAUUACACUCGAACUGUAAGUCCGAUGAAAUAGAAGACUUGCCAUUUGCUUCAAGCAGUCAUGGUCUUCAGGUAAGACCACUGGGUGAAAAAUGAAUGGGCUGUUGAAGGUUGUGCAUUUUAGGUGCUGUCCUUGACCUGCAGCACAAUGUGUUACACCUGGAGCUUCCUAUUUUGGGUCCCUGUGCAGCCUCACUCCAGGAAGCUACGAGCUGAGAAGGUGCUCGGUAGCGGUGCAGGUGCAUGUGGUCAUACCUGCUCUGCUCUCACUCAGGCACUCCAUGAAUUUGGUGCCGUGUGGUACUUAACUCCAAUGUCUCUUGACUGGAUGUUACGUUUAUGUUCUCCCAACAUGACUGUAAAUUGGAAACCUUUACUCAGUUGCUUUUAAUUUCAAGAGGAAAUAAAUUCCAUCUAGAAAACACUAUUUUUCUUUUUGGUUUUAGUUUUGUUUUGGAAGGUACAAAUUCUCUCCUUAUGAAGGCAGACUACAAACAGCUCAUGUCUUACCCUGUAGUACAGUGUUGCUUCUUGGGUUAAAGAUAUGGGAAUAUGGAAGAGUCUGCAAGCCUUUGACGUGCCCAAUCACAUUUUGUCUCUGCCAUUUAUUCUUCCACUUUUACCUUUUUCAGUGAAGUUUCUUUGACUGUUUUAGACCAACUUCUACUUCUUCUCCAGGAUUGGCUCUCCACUCCAUGCUGUAUCCAUCACUGCUUGAUCUCAUCCGAUUUCCUGGAAUGCCCUAUGCUGUUUUUAUGUAUUGGUGGCUCAGGUAUAAACAGGAGAGUGGACAAAGUUCCAAGGGCUCCAACUGGUCCUUGGGAAAGUAGUUUGCAUUCUGCCUUGCUCUUGUCCUUAACUCACCAGAGGUUUGUGAGACUUAGUAAUUUAAAGAGUUGCUUUGAGAGCAUGGAGCAGUAUCUGUCUCUCAUCCUGAGAAAGUUGCUUGUUUUGCACUGGGAGAUGUGGCUAUGGGUGCCUGAAAAACUAUGGAGAGCCAUGGAGGGUGCCAGCACUUGGCUGCUGUUAGGAUAUUUUCAGUAAAGACCCAUUAUUCCCAGGAACUGAGCUUUAGCUGAGUCUGGUGUGUUGGUAAUUGCACUACAAGAUUCAGUAAUUGCAAAGAGCUUUAGACCCUUCUGGAAAUGUCUCUUGCAAUCAGGAUAGCUUUUGUAUUGAAAACAGACUAGGGCCAAACCCAGGGUUUCCCAUGCAGUGAUGUGACAAACAGGGCUGUGUCCUUUGGACACAACAGAACUGUGGAGCCAGCCAAAGUACCAAAUCAGUUGGUUAAACAACCUCUGCUUUGUUUUUUCUGAGCAGCCCUGUUACUGCCUGAAGGGGCAAUGCCCUGAGCUGGAGGUGGUGAGAGGUUGGAGGGACAGUAUGAGGGGCAAGAAGGUUUCCUGUGUGCUUGCUCUGGUUCCUAUACUCUUCCCUGGACAUUUACUGUGGCUGGUGCCGGAGAUGGACAUGACCCAGUGUCUUUGUUCUUAGACUCAUCCUCCUGUGGUUCCUCUAUAUUUUACAGCAGAAAUAAUGAAAACUCAGGUGUUUACGCAGUUCCUCUUUCAGUCAAGUCAGAGGCCCUGGUAUCUGUGUGACUGACCACCCUGCCAUCUGUUGCAGGUUAUGUCCUCAAGAUCUGGCCAGAAGUACAAAACCACCACUUUUUUCUGUGAAGAUUUGCAGUGUUGGUCAACAAUCCAGGCUGAAUCUUCACUGGUCAUCUGUUAGCACAGCACAUUUCUGCAGCCAUUGGAAAGCAUCUUCCUAUUGGAAAUCACCUUUUUUUUUCUCCUGACAAGCUCCCACAAGCAGUGAGCAAUGGGCUUCAGGUAGAAAGUCAAAGGACCAGAAGACAAACUCCUACCAAAGGAAGAAAUGUCACUUGUUCAUUGAUUUUCAUUGGGCCAUGGCAGUUCAUGCUCAUUUUCAGACCUGCCUGUAAUAACUGAUCCUGUGACUGAUGAAUGGCACAGAUUUAGGCAGGUCACAUAAAUCCUCUGCUUGUGCUUCUUUUUCUGUAAAUUAAGUUUACAGAUACUUAUCUCUCUCACAUGCAAUAGUGUGGAGGAUAGCAAGCUGCAAUUUUGGGAAAGGACUCUUAAGAUACAGAGCACUAAAUCUUAAAAAAUAAUGAACUUUAAAAAAAUCUGAAAGGAAUCGAAUAAUUAACGUAUGCAUCAUAAAGUCAGAGUUGCUUUGUUUCUGUCCGGUUUCAAUUGAAGAAAGAGCUUUUCAACUAAAAAGGCAAGUUGUCUCAGCAGUAUGGGCGAAAAGGUGGAGAAAAAUAAGGAGGGUUGCAGGGGGAGCAUCACAGAGGACAGGAUAAGCAGGUGCAUAAAGAUGCUAAAAAAAAAGGCAGCAUAUUUUCCUUGGCAUUUUGAUACAGAUAGCAUCAAAAAGACUGCAGGCGUUUUUCCAGCGUGUAGCAGAGACAAUGCAAAUCCCUGCCCACUGACUGGCCAGGAUUUGCAGGGAGAGGCAGACGCUGAGCGCUGAUGAUCCUGAAGCGCAUCGUUCGCUGAGCAAUGCGGAAGCACGGAGCACACCAGCCUGGGGCUCCGAUAAGCUGCUGCUGGCUGCUCGCCAUGGGCACUGGAAAAUAACGGUACAGUUCUGGAUUGGGGAUUGACCCACAUUCCUCCUUGCAGGAUAGCUGGGUCAAAUGCCCCUCAGAUAAAUGUGUGCUGGCCAUUAUUCUCCAAGGACAAAGACGACCUUGUUAUCUGUGCAAGGAUAUUCAUAUUCAUUUGCUGCUUUGGUUUCAGGGAGGAGUGAAAAGGGUUUGACAAAUGAUCUGAAACUUUCUAGACAUAGAGCAACACGUUAAGACAAUAGCCACAGAAUAUUUUAAGUCUGACAAGAAGUGAUCGAGAGCCUUAUUUGGCUCCCGUAGUUCUCUCUCCUCACAUCUGAACACCAGCUUAGGAAGUUAACGUUAACACAGUAUUCAUUCUCUGCAUGGGGUCUUCACAGGUAUUUGUGACCAGCAGGCACCAUUUCACUGCUACAAAAGUGAACACAUGCAGAAAAAGCUGAAAGAACACUUUCUGGAGUCAUGUCAAGAAUCAUCAUGCAGGCUAGGAGCCGACCUCGAAUCCUGAAGCCAAGUUUGUUGUUAGCUAACAACUAUCACCUCCCUUAAAAAAUUAACAUCUGGGGGUUUAUAAAUAUAUUUUAGUAUUGAUACCAUAGUAUUAAUAGCAUGUCAGUGCAGCUUCCUCGCUUUUCUUUUUGGAGAGAUGGAAGUGGAGAAUUAGAAGAAUUGUCUUCCCUCCAGGGUGGGUUUUUUUAAUAGAAAAGGAUAAAGAAAAUCUCCUUUUCAUUGAAGACUUCACAGUGUGGUUACUGAUCUGCUGACACUGAGAUAGAAUUUGAUUUAUCAUCCCCGGUGGCUACGAAAUCUCUUUUCUAUUAACCACUGAUCUUGGUGCCAGCAAGAGGUGAGGACUGUGGAUGCUUCAGCAGGCCAGCUGCUUUUACUUGAAGUCCUGCUCAAGGAAACAUUUAUACUUGUCUUUCCCGAGGCCAGAGAUGCUGACUGCAAGGCAGGCAGUCCUAUGAGCAGGAAACAGCAUGAGGAAAUGGAUUUUGAGCCAACCCUGUAGUAAUGCAAAGUUAACGGUGUGGUUUUAAGCCACAGCAACCAAGAAAUUGGGUGUUAGAUAUUCCUUAGGACAGCUUUCUCUUGCUCCUUCUGGUAACAAUGCCGGGAGAGUAAUACGCUUCUUUUGCAAGGAUGUAGUUAGUAACUGAAGCUGUGCUGCAUACGGCAUGUUGGUGCAACUCAAGUUAGUUGCAGUUAUGUGUUGCAGAAAGAAAUUACCAAGGGAAAUCUUCUCUGAAGGGAACUGUUUACACAUGCCUCAAUCCCCCAGGAUUACAUUCCCACAGAAAGAAUUGUGCUUAACCACAAAAAUACCCCAAAUAUUAACUGGUUUGGAUUGUAGCUUUUUUCAGAAGCAGAAGGAAUGCCACAAAAUGGACAAGCCUGGGCCUUCGCUGGUGUGCAUUAAUGUAAUUGCCUGAGCUUUCAAUAGCCUGUGGACUUCUGGUGGAGAUGAUACCUCCUUAGCAGCAUCGGGGCUUGAUCUGAUCCUCUUAGGAAGAUCAUGUUCAGUAAAGCAGCAGUAAGGGUAUAUUUUUAAAACUUGGUGGCUAUAACUAGAGGUAUUUCAGAUGCUCACAGAUGCUCCACAAGAAAAAUAUGUUUGCUAGAUGGUCUGUGAUGAUGCAGAAGCAAGGCUUCCUCAUUUUUUGAUCAGUUUUAUCUUCUCUGGAUCCCUCUUGCAGAUUCUGCUGUGGUCCUUGGAGUCUGCCCAGACUCCAGCAGGACCAAGCUCCUAUGGUACAUAGAUUAAACUUUAAGAUAUUCUAGUGCUGUGUGAGGACAUAGACUGUCUCCCAUCCUACUAUGAGGGGAUGAAGAUGUAGCUUCAAUUUUGGAGGAGGGAGCUGGGCUGAAGAAAACCCUAUUUCAUUAAGGCAAUAAUACCUUAGUGACAUUUUAUGCUUAAUAAGUCAAAUAAUUGUGACCAUGGUAGUACAGCUCUGGCUGCCUCCCUGCUCCACCCUGAGUACCAGGGUGGAGGUAAUGUGUUUGCCAUCCCCGAAUGUUGCAGUCUUUUAAGAAUAUAAUCAUAUGUAGACUUUCUCUGUCACUAUCCUGGCCACACUUUUGUAAGGUCACCCCCAAAGCACAUGGUACACGGCAUGGAGAGCACGUGUAGCGCUACAAAGAGCUGAGCGUACCUCUGCUAAUGGGAGAUGAGCCUCUUUUUCUGAGCUGCUUCUUGAUUAUAGCAAACUGAGACUGACUCACUCAUCACUUUGUCAGUUUUCAAUUAGAUUUUUAUUAAUCCCUCUAGAUUUCAGGGACAGCAGGACCACACCAAAGGCACGAGGAGUCUCUGCAGCAGAGGUACACAAUCUGCCUUAUUGUCCUUAAAGGUGCCUUGUCCUGGUUCCCUUCAGGACAAAUUCCAAUAUGCUGUUCGGUUUUUUUAAUAUAACUAUGCACCAAAGGUGAGAGAUUCCAUUAUCCCUGGAAACAGGAGGGAGAACAUGAUGUCCUGGUGUGGGGCAGGGAAAGUGACUUUCUUUUCGUUAUCCUGUAAGCUCUCUGUCAGCAAUCCUGCCUCUGAUGUGUGUCUGCCUGUGUGUGUGCUUUUGUUUCUACAUGAACACAAACUGCUCUAAUUAGGAGAGAGGAUUCUUGUAUUUUUAUAUGCUAAGCCAUUUGAUGAAUUAUUUUAAUAAAAUGACAGAGAGAUGAACUCUGAAAUUCACUGCCAUCUGCUCCAGUACAAUCCGGUAUCACUGACAGCAAGGUAUCUGCCUUCAGAUAAAACCUAAUGCUUAGAGUAACCACUCCAUUGAGUAAGUACUUGUGCUAUGUGGGUGUGUUGAUGCUUAUGAACAUCUGUAACCGUUCCUUUUUUAAAGCUAUGGGUUUGAUUCAUUUGACUCUGUAUCAGCAUUUUUAUUAUCUACCGAGAACAGAUGUACGUGCACAUGUACAAAAAAAGACCAUAUUGCUUUGUCUAUGGGUGUGUGACCCUGGGAUAGAUAUUACAGAUGUUUACUGUGUUGCUGUGCACCCUUUGGCGUAAAAACUGUCCCUGCCUGCCCAGCGGGAGCACAGUCCUGUGGCUUGGGCUGAGAUGGUUUGUUGUAUUUGCAGGGUGACACAAUAGAACACUCCCAGUCUUCUUCCCGUCUCUCAUGGAAAUGUAUAUUUGUUCUCUCUUUGUGUAGCUUCUCAGUCUGAAAUAAAAUUUGCCCCAAAUAGAA